AUAUUCUUGGAGAUGAUACCAAUAGUUGGAUUCCCCCCUUGUUUGGAAUGGAUGAGUCCUCCUCACUCUCAGCCAUACACAGACUCCCAGUGGUGGGGUAGUCAAGCCAUCGCACGAUACUCUCACAAAUGUUACUUUACAAGCACUGUCUACCAUGCUCCUGAUAUGCACUACUAUGAUCGAUAACCCCUCUGCUUCUCAUCUAUCGAGCAGUUUGAUCGGAAAGAGAUACUUGGACUUAUGCACCGCAUCAGAAUGCCUCUACUUUCUCAAUCACACCUAGGGAAUAGUUUUGAGCUUUGACAAAUAAAAUGCAGCUGUUUCACCUAACAUUCCUUGUCAUUUUUUUCUUCAACUUGUGUAACUGAAUAUUAAAGAGGAUUGGUUUUCACAUAUUUUUCUCUUUUUUUUUUAUAAAAAGGAGAACAUAUUCGUGUUAUGAUUGUGUGGAGGAUGACUUGAUGAUUUCAUACACCUUCAGGAAGAGUUUAACAGUGAUGAUAUCAUUUGAGAAGCAGACCCUUACAGCGUUGUGAAUAUUGUUGUAUCGCACCUGGGACAUGGAAUAGGAAAUAUUGGAUCCAUAGAUUUCAUUCAUUACAUGACUGCCUAUACUAACAAGAAGUGAAAUUGAAAAUCUUGGUCAAUCACCACUAGCGAAUGUAUUAGAAUGCAACAGCUUCACCUGAUGACCACAUCCAUUGCGUCAAACUCCAGCUCUGAAGUGGAAUUAUCCUGACAAUUUAGAUCACAAAUUGAAUUCAUUUUGGAGGUGAUUUCACGGGAAUAUUAUCCCCCCCCCCCUCAUUUCCGCCCGGUAUCCCCAUGUGAGCUUGACACUAUUGAAAGUCAGUUCUUGCCGGGUUUUGUUGAAUUUGUAGAGUUCAGGGCACUCGUAAAGGCCGCUUCUGAAGGGUCCUCAAAGAGCUCAGAGAUAGGAAGAUGGGUUCGGCGCUUCCGCGUCUGUCACCCAGAAUCCCAGAGGAUUGAUCAUAAAUCGAGCAUCGUGCCACAUGUCCUUGGAAAUCAUUUCUUAUUUUUCUUGGAUAUUUAAUGAAUGAUAUUUAAUUUCACCAAUUCCUUCUUCCAUCCAUGCAAAGAUGGUUAUCCGAGGAGCCGUGCAGGUUGACGUAUCAAAUAUUCAUCAAGUGCUCUUGAAAUAAAAGAGAGCAUCAGUUGUACUCUGCAUCCGAACCAUCCAUGGAAGGCAUUGACGUAUGUGCUUUAUGUUUCAUUAAUGUUAUUUAGCACGUCUUCACAAACCCAUUGCUGUCUUUGUAGAGCUAUAGACACGUCGCACGGUAUGCUGAUGAUCUUGUCCCAGCGCCGCAGAUCAUCGACCUGCUGAAAGACCGACAAGGGAGAGUUAACAGCUAAAGAGGCUCCCAUCCAACCUCCUGUCUCUGAACUUGAAAUAUUGAGUGAAUAUUGCUUGGAAAAAGAAAUAAGUGAGAGAAAAGUCAAUACCGGGAUUAUCCUGUAAAUGUUUACCUCAUCACGCCCGGAAGGAAUUGCAUAGUUUCUGUGACACGUGUGCCAACAAGACACCGCACAUUUUUUUUUUUCAAUUGAUGCCCGGAGGAAUUUAUCCAAUUUGAUCCGCUUAUACUUUGUGCAGUGAAAAGCAGAGGAAGUGUGAGCAUAUUUUACUCUAUAUAAAGUAGAACGAAGCUCUGAAUUUCUGCUUAAAUCAGCCUUGCCAUCUCUUUUGUGACAGAUAGCUGCAACAUCAGUAUCCUGCAACAAUAUUUGUGAGUACAUUAAAACAAUGUGACACUGAUGAAACCAAUUGGUUGUAUUGUAAAGUGGCUAGAUUGCUUAGCGGUUGCAUGAAAGUAAAAUUUUAUCGAGGAAUUUUUAAAAUAGGAUUACCUAACAAUGACGACGGUUGGGUAUGCCGAUCCUGCGAUCUUGCAGUUUUCCAACGGGACAUUCGUCUCAGUGUCUCCGAUUAUUGUCAUCUUGCAGAAGAUUCUGCCUGGACUUAUCGGGGUCUUCUGCACCGUUGGUCUCCUGUGCAAUGGAUUCAUCAUUGUACUUCUACUGACGUACUCCAACAUGAAGACUCUGGCCAACACGUUCAUCUUCAACCUGGCUUUGGCCGAUUUCUUCUUCAUGUUUACCUUUCCUUUCCUCGGCCAUCAGAUGUGGCAGAGCGAGUGGAUAUUCGGCCGUGUCUUGUGCAGAAUCCUUGUUCCAUACGACACCAUGACGCAGUUUACCGUCGUCUUUUUCCUCGUCGUCAUGGGUGUGGAUCGCUACCUGGCCAUCUGUCACCCUAUCCGGUCGAUGCACUAUCGGACGAUCUUCAAUGGACGUGUGGUGAGUGUAAUGGUGUGGAUCUGUUCGUUUUUGGUCUCUUUACCCGUGUGGAUCUACACCGAUCAGAUUACGUACUACGGGAACGGCCAAAAGAUUCAUCUGUGCUUGGCGCUAGCAACCAAGCACAAUGAAGAUGUGAACAACUUCAGUUGGUGGAUAAUCUAUACACUCUUUUUUGACUUUUGUGCACCUCUGACUAUAAUCUUUGUUUGCUACUUUCUCAUCAUCUGGAACUUGCGGCACAGUCCUCUGCAGGACAUCCGCAACACUUCACGUCGCGCCAGCCGCAAGGUAGCCAUCUUGGUCAUCUGCAUCGUGUUUGUCUUUGUAUCCUGUUUCUUACCAUUCUUCAUCAUCCAGUUCAUACAGAGUCAGACUGAUCCUUCAGAGUUCACCGAUGCACUUCUCGUCGCUUUCGUCGUCAGCUGGUUUCUCAUGUACAGUCAUAGCAUCAUCAAUCCCAUCGUCUACACCAUGCUCGGGGAGAACUUUCGCCAGAACCUCCCGCGGCUCUGCCGGAGCAUUUUUCACCGGAAAAGGUCCAACAGCCGCCAGAGCAGCAUGCGCACGUCCAGCAUGUACCUCCGGCGAUCCCGCGGCUCCAUAAAGUCUUGUAACAGUAGUACGGAAGGCACGGGGCGCAUCCAUACAAACGGCUACCUGAGUAUUAGUCCUAAGAUAGCCAUUACACAUCCACCACCAAAGCGUUUACCUCCUGAUGAUCCGGUGUGACUUCCUGCUCAGAAACUCUUCUCAAGCCAUCCCCACCUCGAGAAAAUUAAACAAAGUGCAUGCCUAUGAACACUCUGUUAUUUUCGUUGGAGGAAUUACUUAGGAGUUCGGUUAAGGUUUGUGCGACAAAAUGGUUGGGAAUGUACGACAAGAAACUUGUAUUCAGUCAUAUUUUGCCUUUGCUUUAUACCUCAGAAAAUCUGUGGUAAGCCUCAUGUUUGCUGUGCAAUUUUGUGAUGUUCACUUUACAGGUUUUGAUCUCGAUUAUGAACAAACAAACAUUUAAACAACUUUAAUUCAUUUUAGGAUAAGGUUAUAUUUCCCUUUGAGUUAUCUUGUAGAUUGUUAUUAAACUCAUUUUUGAAUGAGUGUCUACAACUGGGAAAUUAUUUCCCCUCGUGUAUGAUCUUCAGUGUGUACAGCAACUAGUUAAAAAAAAUACAGUGGGGAUCAGUCUAUGAAUUAUAAAUGUAUUGACAUUUUCUUUCUUUUGAAUUAUAGAUAAAUAGCGGAACAGCUCAAACAUAAUCAAUUAUUGAUCAGUGUUAUAAAUGAUAAAAGCCAUGUGGGAGGCUUUGCCCCAGUUCAAUGUUUGUCAAAAUUUAAAGUUAAAGAAUUCUUUUCAUGGGUAAUUUCAGAGCAUGACGUCGAUUUAGUUCAAUGAUUUUAAAAGGGAAUUAUAUCAUUCUUCUCAUUCCAAGUUUAUAUCAGAAUUUGAUUAAGAUAUAAGAUUGUAAUGAGGCAAAUUUGCAAAAUCAAGUUCUGUUUCCCCCACACAUUCAUGUCUUGUGCCAUUAUAAACAUAAAACCUUCAAAUUUUCAUUAGGCAUCAAUUCAUAAGUGCAACUCUCCAUUGAGAUUUGAAAUGGUUACUACUUGAAAAGAAUAGCUUUAAUGCUUUGGACCCGGAAAUAAGAAGCCUACCAGAAUAUGGGAUGUCAAACAGAUUACAGUACCCUUUUUAUGGAUUUUACAGAAUGUUAUCAUUUAAAAAAGGAGACAAUUUCCAGUUCAAGUUUUUUUAAUUUUCUGAAAGACAUGAGAAGAAAACAAGCAAUGACCAGAUGCUGAUGCUCGAUACUGAACAUUAUUUAGCAUUGCAUCGGUCUUGCUUGUGUUUUGUAGAGUGGAUUUGUGACAUUUAGAAUAAACAACAUCCUCAGUCAGAAUCCAUUCAAAUGGAAUACAGAUUAGGUGAAAUGUAUUCCCAAAUGUUCCACCCUAUUCAAUUCAGGGCAGUUAUGACCGUUGUAGGGGGUCUAUUUUUGCAUUGAAUUAGGGCUUGCUUGUUACAUCUAAUUUCUCAUGUGUGUUUAGCCGAGGUUAACUUCAUUUGAUUGGAAAAUGCGGCUGUUCAACUUUUUCGGGGGUCGUGAGAUAUAAGCCCCUAUCGAAGGUAGUUUAGAUCCCUUAUUCGGAAUGCUUUUUACCAAUUAUGAUUACUUCAGAAGCAAUUGGGGUUUUCUAUUUCUGUUAACAUGAUUACAGUAAUCUUUUCCCUGUUUUGAUUUGAAAAGUAUGUCACCGGCUUCUGUCCUUUUUUUGAUAGGGAAUUGUUAAUGAAAGAAUCAUGCGAUUCCAACUUUCACAUAGAAACAGCAUAAAUUGUAUCGCAAUAACUCAGGUCUUUCUGGAACUGCCAUGUUUUAGUGGAAAACUUGCGAUAACCUGUCGGGGAGUCCCAUGGAUAAAUAAUGCUCAUUCGUCGCUGUUCUCUGCAGAACAGAACGUACAAUUUUGCUGUAAAAAUCUUUAUAUUUUUAAAACAAUAGAAUUUAAAAUCAAAGAUAACUUUAUUAUCAGAUCAAUAUGAACACAUUUUUUACAGUUAAUUCGUGGCAUUUUCCUUUUGUAAAAUUCAAUGUAAAAACCCCACAAAAUGCUAUCAAAAGUUACACUACAUUGUAAUUAAUGGAUAAGUUUGUGUGGUCUAUUGUCCUCUGUAUCAUUUAAAGUAAUAUUUGUCCAUUUAUGAAUCUAAUGAUUAAAAAUAACAAUUAUGUCAUUUAUUUACCCACAGAAUAGGGGAUAGCCAGGUACAAUUUUUUUCAACCUUUAAAGAGUAUGUGCCUAGUAAGGAAACAAAUUUGAUGAUUCUUAUUCAAAGUUGCAAUCAAAAGAAAAUGUCAUAAAAGGAAUACCAUUCAUCAAAUCCUGCUCUUACUUUGAAUGAAUAUCAGUAUUCACAAAAUGUCAUAGUCGUGAGUUGUAUAGCAGUGAAGAACAAAAGGUUUUAAUAAUUUGGAACGUCAUAUGGGGCUCAUUCAUUUUGCGGGAGUUUCUAUGGUUAUACUGUGUGCCGAUGAACUCUGACUUUAAAAUCUUUCAAUGGGGGUAAAUCAAUAAAUAGUCGCCAUGGUAAUCAUAUUUGCUUCUCAUAUUCAAGUUUUGCGUUUUCAGAAAGAGAAAUAAUCAAACGUUAAGUUUUCUCAUCUUUUCUUUUUUGAAUUGAGAUCUUUCUGCGUGCGUCCUGCUUCAUUAUUCCUUCGAACAUUUCAGAGUUGACAUUAAUUGAAAAGUAAUAACGUUGCAUCUUCAUUAGAACUUAGCCUUUUAUACCCCUUUCAUAAACCCAAUAAAACCCAAUUAUGCGGCUAAUGGCAGCAUAAUUUGGUCGUAAAGUCAGAGGAGGACAAGAGUUAUCCGCAUUAUUCUGAUGCUGCUAUUAUCCGCAUAAUAGUGGCAUCGGGACAAGAUUUUGAGUUUAUGAACGUAUUUCCAAAUAAUGCGGAUAAUUGCCAUGGUGCGGUCACAAGGUCACCCUUUUCCAACACAACCGCAUUGGAGGGGGCGUGUCCAGUUGUCAUGACGAUUAUCCGCCUUUUUCAGGACGGGCGCCCGUAAAAAUAAUUUAUGGAGUUUGUGAACGCAAUUUUUAUUGAAUUAUCCGCAUUACUCUUAGGCGGCUAAUUGGAGGAUGUUUUAUGUUUUAUUGGGUUUAUGAAAGGGGUAUUAGUCUCCAUAGUUUCCAGGAAUAUUCACUAUUCAUGAGAAGAGAAAAGUCAUCGGCCUUUCUGUGGAGGUCUCACGCUGCAGCAUUCAUAUUUGAAAGUACUUGUCAAAUACCAUGGAUGUUCCUUCCAGAGCAAAAAAACAAAGUACUUGUGUUUGCCAGGCCGACUUCAAAACAAAUGCUUUUAUGAUUACCAUGAAAAUUGACAGAGACUGAAAGUAGUCAUUCAUAUUUUAGGCCUUAAGGAGGGGGAGAGGGGUAAAUGCAAUCAUUUAAAGACCUUGUUUUGUUCAAAAUGAAUCAAUUGUAAAGAGCAAUUAUAUCAAAGAAAUGUUAUUAUUCUGUAAGUAAUGGGAUAAUUUAUGAAACCUCACAACUUGUGAGUUGUGCAUACAUGUGUUGUUAAAAAAAAUCAUACGUAUCUGGAAAUCGAAAAAUGAAGUUGUUUCUCUGUAACAUUAAAUGAUGGGUUGGGGAUUUUACAUUUUCAUUUGGAAUGACUCAGAUGUAUGGAUAUAUUGGUUUUGAAGAGUAUUAAUAUGUUAAUGAUUCCAAUGUUUCUAAGAUACAUAGUCUACUACUACUGCUACUACUACUACUACUACUACUACUACUACUACUACUACGACACUAUUACUAUUAUUACAACUACUACUUUUACAAAUAAUACUAUUAUCACUGCUAUUACUAUUUAUACACUGAUAAUGCUGCUGCUACUGCUACUACUACUACUAGUACUACUACUACCACCACUACUACUACUACUACACUAUUAUUACUAUUACUACUACUGCUACUUCUACUACUACUACUACUACUACUACUACUACUACUACUUCUACUACUACUACUACUACUACUACUACUAUUACUAUUACUACUACUACUGCUACUACUACUACUACUACUACCUCUACCACCACCACCACUUUCAUUACUACUUCUGUAACUACUUAUAAAACAUUUGCUACUGCUACUACUUUUAUUACUGCUAUUCUACUACUACCUCUCCGACCAUCACCCACCACCACCACCACCACAACUACUACUUCUACUACACCACCAUACCACCGCCACUCCUCCUACUACUACUACCUCUACGAUCAUCACCACCACAACUACUACUUCUACUACACCACCAUACCACCGCCACUACUCCCACUACUACUACUCGUACUACUAAUACUACCACUACUACUCGUACUACUAAUACUACUACUACUACUACUACUACUACUACUACUACUACUUCUACUACUACUACUUCUACUACUGCUACUGCUGCUAUUGCUGCUUCUGCAGCCACCACUAUCAGCUUCUACUAUUAUCACUACUGCUGCAACUCCCACCAGACUAGUGCAACAAUGACUACCACAACCACAUUGCUGAGCAACUUCUAUGACUAAAUUAAGCACUACUGGUACUAAUUCUGCUUCGUCUACAGCUUCCUUGCCCGUUGUCCCCUAAGUAUCGCUAUUCCCCUGACUUGAAAUUAUUUUCUCAUAAUUGAAAAUGCAUUCAUAGGGACAAUGAUUUUCCGUUUUAAAAGAAACGGAAAAUCCGUUUGGUUCUUAUACUUCUCAUGCAGAAAAUCAUGGAAUUCACCUUUGUAAAAGGGAAUUCAGGUUUUUGCUGUGUAUAUUCCCAGUGACGCAAAGGAAUUUCCAUUUUUAGAUCAAGUUGAAACGGAAUUACAGAUUUUCAGAAAUGGAAAAGAUCAUUUUUUGAAACGGAAUAUCACUGUCUCUACAUUCACAUGUCAAUCUCAAGAAAUUCAGAGUUUUCAAGCCCCAAAAUGUGAAAAUUCUGAAUGAAUAAAGUUGAUGGCAGAAAGCCAGAUUACGUGUCUAAAGUUACAAUGUAGCUGCAGAUGGCGAUUCAUAUCAGUGAGGUAUCGAACGUAUGGUUUAUUGAUGUAGCAAGCUAGCUUUAUCGAUUCAUGUACGCUGUUUCCCCCUGCUCCAAAAUCAAAUUACCUCACAUCUUCAAUGCAGCGAGCUCAUUUUUGUGCUCCAUUCUCUUGUUCUUACCUCUCAUUGCUUCACAGAAAUCAAUUUGGAAGUGUGACUGAUUUGUCUUUUUUCUGUUACCCUUAUUUUGCUCAGCCGAGUUGCAUCAAUUGUUCUCUCCUUCAUUUCAUAUAGCGUACUAUCUUGUUUUGGUCUCUAUUUAUGUCCAUCCUUUCUCUCUCUCACCUACAAAGAGGAGGAGGAGGAGGAAGAGGAGGAGGAGGAGGAAGAGGAGGAGGAGGGUGAAGGGGAAUAAGAAAUAUUUGCUUGAGCAGGAUUCAGCAGUGUAGCUAGCAGAAUCGGGGGUGCAUGGGCGUGCGACCUUUAGUGCCUGUUGCAUGACUUCACAAAAGAGCAAAAGAAAAAGUAAUCCAUAACCAAGUCGAGAGUGGAAGCAUUCAAUGUCCAGUGUUUUAUAUAAAUGCCGACGCACACCUUACGAUUGGUCUGCAACCUGAUUUUAGAAUAAAAAAGUAUUAAAACUUGAUGUGAAUAUUGAGACAUGGAACAUCUCAAUAUGUUAAGUUCUAAAUCAUUGUAUGAAUACUUAUUUUCAAAUAUGUGAUUAUGCUACUACCAUCAUCCUUAUUUGAAUAAUAAUCUCUAGUCAGAAUGACAUCAUAGCAAUUGUACGAUUGGCUACGAUUUUAAACCAAUCGGCCUUUACUCCAAAAUAAGGGCUUGUAAUCAUCCAAAAUUGUCAUAUUAGUAUUCUUACAAAUGAUAUGAUUCUUAUAUAAAAAGAUACUUGAAAAUAACUUCAGAAAGGUUUAGAACAGAAUAAAUGAGGCUGAAAAACUAAGAAAAAAAACCCAGUAAUGAACACAAAAUGAAUUAUUUAGUAUUCAACAUUUUGUCAUUCAAUUUAUCCAUCAAAUCAAAUCAAUAGACCAAAAGAUGACAGGUAUUGAUUUUGAUAAGCGUACAAUUCCUUAUUAUGACCACAAGAAUGGACGCAAUCCUCAGUGGGAUAGCAUAUAGCAGAAUGACGUACGUCAAAAUAUUAAACCGCAAACUUUUAUAUGAUCAUCAUAUAAUGAUAAAGAACACAGUAUUUUUCUUUUGACAGAAUUUUCUGCAGAUGUUCUCUUUCUCUGUCUUUCUCCCUCUCCUUUUUUCUAUCUCUCUAUCUCUCUCUCUCUCUCUCUAAAAUAGAAAAAUAUUGAAAAUUAUUUUUUUUCUCUUUAAAACCUCUUUCUGAUGUUUUUUAUACUCUUUUGAUUGGCCUUUAUCCUUCCACAGAGUGUUAAGUCGGAUUACUUUUUCUUGCAGCUCUCAAUCAUAAUAGUAUAGGCCUAUAUAUGCUCAUCUUGGAUGGGAAGUGCAUCACAAUUAAAGCAUGAUGUUCUGUUGGUCUCUAUAUCUUUGAUUUUUUUUGUAGUAUAUAUAUCUUUGAAAUUUAAAGUGUAGGGUAGGAUUAUGCUCUGACUCAUCUCCCAAACAACAUGGAAACCAUCACUUCUCAUUCCUCAUAGUUAGAAUAGAAAUUAGUUUAUGGAUGUUUUAGUCAAAUAUACAUUUCAUGCAAAUGAUAAUUAUCAAUAUACAUAGCGUUGUAACCAUGUCAUUUUCAUAAUUGUUCUUUUUAUAAUCUUUUCAUCAUUGUUACUU